AUGGCAGCUACCGAGAAAAAUGUGAACCUUGGACUGCCCGAUUUAUCUGGGUUGUCUGAAGCCGAGGCUCUACAGGUCAUGGCAGUGAUGCAGAGGGCUAAGGAUUUUGAAGAAGUGGAGGGAGCAAAACAUAUGAGACAACCAAUGGAAGGACAACUACACAAGUAUACUAAUGCCUUUAAAGGCUGGCAGUUCAGAUGGUUUGUGCUGGACCCAGAUUCAGGCAUGCUGGAGUAUUUUGAGAAAGAAGAGCAGAAGAAGCAGAGACCUAGAGGUUAUGUCCAGCUGGCUGCAUCAGUUAUCUCCCCAUCAGACGAGGACUCCCAGACAUUCACAGUAAAUGCUGCCAACGGAGAACUAUAUCGCCUGCGAGCAUCUGAUGCCAAAGAAAGACAGCACUGGGUUGACAAGUUACGAUCUACAGCAGAGUACCACACAGCUAACAUGAGUUCUCCGUCACAAAAACCUGAUGUACGGUCCCUGUCAAUGAACUUGUCCACAAAUGAGUCGUCAACACACCUACCAGUCAGGUCGAGGAAGUCUGCCUCUGUCCGUGGUGAUCAAGAUGUAGUGGUACCUACCAAAUCUGUCGCUGCUAGGUCUGAAAGCAAAGCACCGGCAGCCCAUCCUCACACCCUGGAUCCUUUCCGAGAAGUGAAGGAGUAUAUUGUAGAGGCUGAGGACUACUCCGAGACUCUCAAUGAAAAAAUUAAUCAUCUUCCUUCUGCAGGAGAAACGAUUACAGGACUGGACCCAGAUGUCUUAUUGAUCAAGGCCACGUCCAAUGCCACCCUUACCUGUCUAUCACAGUGCCUAAAGAUGUUACAGCAACGACAGGGAGCAUCCGUCAAACCUGCCCCUCACCCUACUGCUCUCAACUGGGGUGACCCUAACACACAACCAGUUAGUACUCAUGUGGCUGUACCCAAAGCCACCAGUUCUCGGGGAGUGCCCUCCCCUACAGGAAGUUUCUCUUCGGCGACAUCACUGCCAUUUACACUGCCUGACCAGGUCCAGGAUGGUCCUAUUAACCAUGAUGAGGAAGUAGAGGACAGCGCCAGCUACAGGGAUACAGACCUUGGUAACGAGGUGGAGGAACACAAGAGUGUUAUCCUUCAUCUCCUCUCACAACUCAAGCUCGGCAUGGAUCUUACCAAGGUUGUCCUUCCCACAUUUAUCCUGGAGCGCCGUUCCCUGUUGGAAAUGUUUGCUGAUUGUAUGGCACAUCCAGACUUCUUUCUCAAAAUUGCUGAUCUCCCAGAUCCAGAGUCACGUAUGCUAGCUGUCCUUGAAUGGUACCUCACAUCUUUCCAUGCAGCCCGACAGGGCUCUGUUGCCAAAAAGCCUUACAACCCUAUAAUUGGAGAAACAUUCCAUUGUUCCUGGCGCUUACAAGAAGAUAAUAACAAGAACAGUCAAUCUAAGAAUGCUUCUGAAUCACCUGAUGAGGACAAUCAGACAGCAGACAAGGCAGGUGGACCCUGUGACAAACCUGCUCAGUUGACAUUCUGUGCAGAGCAAGUCUCGCAUCAUCCCCCAGUGUCUGCCUUUUAUUUCGAGUGUCCAGAGAAACAGAUGUGCAUGAAUGCCUCCAUAUACACAAAGUCACGCUUCAUGGGGAUGUCUAUAGGGGUACAGAUGGUGGGCAAAAUCUGUCUGAAGUUACUGGCACAUGAUGAAGAGUAUGUGUUCAUGAUGCCUAGUGCCUACGCCCGAUCUAUACUCACUGUUCCGUGGGCUGAGAUGGGGGACAAGAUCACAAUCAACUGCCAAAAAACCAAUUUUGUUGCCAAUGUCACAUUCCAUACUAAGCCAUUCUAUGGGGGAAAGCUACACCGGGUGUCAGCUGAAGUAAAGAACAACAAUCUCGGCACAGUGGCCUGUAAAGUACAGGGCGAAUGGAACAAUAUUCUGGAAUUCAGCUAUGAAAAUGGAGAGUCUAAGAUCAUCGAUGUGAACAAUCUAAACAUCAUCAGGAAAAGAGUACGACCACUUAGUAAACAGGGAGACUAUGAGUCACGCAAGUUGUGGGAACAUGUGACAAAUGCUCUGAAGAUCGGGGAUGUCAAUACAGCAACAGAACAUAAACACUUUCUGGAAGAAAGACAGAGAGAGGGUGAACGACAUCGAAAGGAAACCAAUACCGAUUUUCCAACUAAAUAUUUUCAUAAAGUCAGUGACAUCUGGACAUAUAACAGUAUGUUAGAAAAGGGAAACACUAAAGGAACUGCCUGAUACAGAACCAAAGUCAUAACAAUACCUUGUUAUAGUGUUCUACUGAUGCAUCACUCUGCCAACAGGACCAGUGGGGAAUACCUGCCAAUUGUUAAGUGUAAGGUCAAAUGUAUGGACAUUCAGAUUCAUGCGUUUUCAAACUGCCUGUCAAGAUGAUAAAUGGAUUACCAUCUUGUGUGAAAAGGAUAUGUGAUAAUUCAAAAACAGAUAUUGUCAAAAUAAUUUCUACUUGUACAUAGAUAUAGAAAUAUCUUGUGAUAUGUACAGGAAGGAGCUGGUGAUGAAGAAAGGAUUGACCUUGUGAUUAAGCCUUUCUUGUUAAACUGAUGUGAUAUACACUUCUCAAUGUUGUGGAUACUUGGUACUAUCUUAACUGGUUUUUUAUGUGAUAUUAUUGCUGGACAAAUACAUUAUUGUCAAAAAGCUUUGUUGUGAAAUGAUAAAGGUUUUACCUGAUGUGGUGUUCUAACAAUGAAAGCCAUGUAAUAUACUUUAUCAACAAUGGUUGAAUCUUUUCUUUAUGGGACAUACCUCGUAGUUCAAUAACUGUGGUGUUGAAAUAAGUCUAACACAAAUCACAGACAAUCAGGACAUUUUUCCAUAUCUGCUGCUGCAGGGUGGCUGUUCUAGAAACACAAGAGAAGUACUGUCAAAUCCACACUGGUGUGUUCACAUGUUCAUAUUUGUUAAGUAGAACAAACAAUAUUGAUUGCUUGCAUGAUAUUGAUAUUUGCAUAUCUAGAUAUACAAUGGUAUGGGACCAGCUGAACAAAAAUGGUCUACCUCAGUAAGGAAAUGUGAUGUCAUGGUUGUCAUGGUUACACUGAUGUAAAUGUUAGAUACUGUAGGAAAAUAUAUCACAUCAAUCAUAAAUGGCAUUUGAUGAUCCCAAAAUUUAUUCCUGGAAUUCUGUAUGACUUGUCUCAUAUAUUCUACUUGUAUAUGUCUCCUAUCAGAUCGUGGUUCGUGGUGAAGAAGAAGAAUCUGGCCUGUCCUACAUAGUAGAUUGCAAUAUUGGCCCAGUUCAGUAGGAAUUGGCAAAAAUAUUUACAGUAGACUUAUUUAUUUGACCUGUUGACAUGUUCAAAUAUAACCAAAAACAUGAGAGAAAAAAAGAAAAAAAUAUGAAAAAAAAAAGAGAAAAACUGCAAUUAAGUUGAUUUUUAAGUGCAAAAAAAACCUCUGUUACAUAUCCACUUAUAUGUGUAAUCAUUAUUAGUGAUGUUUCUGAAAAAACAUGCUCAUAUAUGAUUGUUCUUCUAUGAUGAAAUAAAAUUCAUAUGAAGCAUGAUGAAUGUUACCUCACAUGAUCAUAAUAUCAUCCACUUCUAUAAAGCUAUAGGGAUAAAUAUGUUAUUUCCUGAUAACUAUCAGCUACAUCUUUAUCAUUAAGCACAGAUUAGUUAGUGUCAUACUACAGGAUAAACAAUAGGCUACAUGUACCUUCCAAAGUUGAUAAUUUAAUUCUUUAUUUGUUACGGACAGAUGACAAUGGAAUCUAAUUUCUAGGUGCUAUAUAUCAGUGUGUUAUCAUUCACCUGUUCAGUUCUGUUUGUUUGGUCAUGCAGGAAUCAGCUGAUAUUUCCUUACUACAUUUCCUAACUUAAAAAAAUCACAAAAUUUAUUUAUAAAAUAUCUUCUUAAAACAGAAAUCAUCAAACUGAAUAUAACACCUGUUUUGCUUGACAACUCUUUAAACUUCCUUGAUUGUGGAGGGCUGUGAUUGAUAUUUAAACUGUGACACUGUAUUGUCAAAUUUAGGUUUUUCAGAACAUCACUAAGGUUUCCUUUCUUUAUCUAAAGCUUAAAUAAAAAAUAACCAGACACCAGCUGAAUUCCUCAAUUUCUUUACAUCUUGAAUAUAAUGGAAGUAAAACUGAUGAAAAUGUGGAUAUUGUAAGCUGUGCAGUACAAGUAUGCCUAUACUUUACAGCCUUGUACGAUUAAUUUGUGCUCACAAUUUUACUACAAAGCAUAUAAGAAAAAUUAUUUGGCUGUUAAUUGUACAAAGUGAGAAACAAAUAUGCAAUUUAAUGUAUAUAUAUAUAUAUAUAUUGACUUCAAUGGCAUUGGUGCAAUUCUAGCUAUUUACACUUGGAGCUUUGGUGUUAGUUUCUCUGAGGACUGAGAAUUGCAAGAUAAAUGAUUUUUUUUCUGUGCUGUUGAUCACAAAUUUAUCAAAAAUACUUGUUAAGCUUAUAUUAGAAUACCUAGGGUGCCUUUGUCUGAAACGAAACAAAUCUGUUUCUUCAUUUUGUUCCAAGAGAGUCAAUAAAUUUAUUUACGUUGACACGAGAAAUAAUGUUUGUGCAUGAGGUAUCUUUUUUGAGACAAUUAGUAUGGUUUGUUCUUCAGGGUAUCUUAUCUUAGAUGAGAAAUUUUGUUUGUGCUUCAGGCAUCUGAUGUGAGAUUAGAAGUAUUUUUUAUAUAAUUUGAUUCAGUUAUCAGGCGACACAAGUAGUAUGAUUUGUGUUAUAGAUUUAUGUGUAGAGGAAUCAGGUGAGAGGUUGGCACAGCUUGCUAUUCAACAUGCCUACUUGUGUACUUCACGCUUUCUUUUUCUGAUUUAGUGUCUCUUAAGUUACACUCUGCGUUUUUCUUUUUUACCCAUCAUAGCAUGUGUUAAACUGCCCAGAUGACUGCCAAUGAAUAUUUUCAGCCAAUUGUAAUUCUGAUGAUGGUCCAUCUUUCCAUAAAAAAAACCCCUUGCUAUUCCCAUUUAGUUGAGAAGUACUGGAUGGAUCAUUUUCAAAUUUCAUGUCAAAUACCCUUGGUUCCUUGUGCAUUAGCCGACAGAUGGACAGCAAUAUUAUGAUAUUACUACUUUUAGCCUACCUUCAUCAGAUGCCCUAUGUCAGUGGUCUGUCCGUCAGUAAACAAAUGUUUGUUAUCGCUAUUUAUUGAGAAGUACUGGAAGAAUCUUUAUCAAAUUUCAUAUAUUGGUUCCCGUUGAUCCCUUGUUGUCGUCCCAAUUUGAUUUUGGUCGGGUCAGAAAGACAAAAUGGCUUUCAGGUGACCAUAUUGGAUUUUGCAGGUAAUGAGUAUCAUCCCCAUUUCUUCAUAUCUACGAAAGAAUAUAGUAAAGAAUGUUCCCAAUUUUUUUCCCAUUUCAUUUAUGUAAAAAUUUUCACUAAACUUUUGUUAACUUUGAGCAACUGGGGUUUUGUCUCGAAUACAGGAUUAAACACAUCAACACCUGGUUCCUACAACAAGUUCAAUUAGUUAUAGUUAGUUGAAGGGAAGUACAAGAAGAUUGAAUGAUCGACUUAUUCCUCCUUGAUUUCAUUGCUUUGUAUAUCAGUAAAAUAGCUUUUUACCAUAAUCAAUAGUGUGCUUCACCUAUUGUAAGUAGCAUGUUUUUUCAUGAUGGGAAAAUUUUAUGUAAAACAUGGAUGUUCUUUUAUUACAACCAGUUAAUGUGUCGCCUGCAGAGCUGGUGGACACUUGGGGAUUACUAUGUCCGUCGUCACGUGUCGUCGUUAUAGAAUGAUGUUUUGGAUGACUACACAGUCAUCAGCGAAAUGAUCAGUGUGAAGUGUAUAUGGACUGAGGUAUAACAAAAUUUUCCAUCUUAUCACAGUAUUUUCCUUUGUAAUAGAGUUUAUAAGAUUAUACUCCAGUUGAAAAGUCUAUUUCACUGUACACUUCAGGUAGAAUCAUUCAGAAAUUGUCUAACUGGCUGUGAUACAAGAACAUCUAUUAAAUGGACAUGUUAUGCAUGUACAUUACCAACCUGAGAAAAUGUUUGGACAUAUAUUUCGAACACUUUUGCAGACCCAUUGUUUUGUACUGUGGUAUGCGUUGAAUGGAUGGAUGUUAAAUGCCUGGAAUGCCUCACUUGUAUAAUGUACAAUGCUAAAAAUGUGUAAGCGGACAUAAUAAAAUAUAGAAAC